GACCCGCAAGACUAAGCUUUGUGAGCACAUAUUCUUCGCCGCAUCCAGACGGCUGAUCCACCCGUAGGCCUUAGCUCACCGGCCCACUAUAUAAUGCCAUCACCUUGCACUGACUCCUUCCUCCUGAGCUCACCCCUCUUAGUCCAGCAUGAACAGCUACUAUUACUACGUGGACAAGUCACGGCCGUGGUUCUGGUGGAGCGGCGGCGGCUGGCGCAGAUUUAACGAUGGCAGACGUUACCCUGCAGUUAAUAUAAUUAUAUUAACUGCGGACUCCUUCGACUAUGCGUUGGGCAGAAAACAAUUAGCCGAACCCCCUCAGGAUAGCUCUUCCGGAAGUGUGAUCUCGAUCAAAGACAUGGAUGAAUGGAAAUUGCAUUGGAACAAGUCUGCUCCAUACAACAAGCUGUUGGUGUAUGCGUUCUACGACAAGAAUUCCACGCUGUACAAGGCCAUGGAGAAGCUGUUGGAGAAACUCGCCAAGCAGUAUAUAGGCAAGGCAGACUUCUGCAAGUUGGACGUCGACAACUUCGAGUAUUUGGCGGGGCUUUGCGGAGUGGAGGGAGCGUAUCCGACGUUCGUGCUAUUCAAGAACUGCAAGCAGGUGGGCAAGGUCGUCGGCCUCAAGGACGACGAACUCGAGCGGAGCAUCGAGCGAGCGCUAAACUAGUACUCAAUAUAUUUCGUGUGAAGAGAUAUAAUAUGACCUUCAUAUACGCAUCGGCAGUGCGAGGUACAUGCAGGUGCAUGCUGCAAAACUAUUAUGUACAGUAGCUAGAAUAAGCAUGGUACGAAACUUGUCGAGAGAUGUUGAGUAUUAGAUGUACUAGUCCAUGGACCUAUGCUACAGCAUGAUAUGAGCUACAGUAGAAUUUUAGAGCA